AUGCGUCUUCUGCAAUGCGACGAUAGUGGCAAGUUCACCUUGACCAAGGAUCUAAUCGAAGAUAUUCCUCCAUUUGCCAUCCUUUCGCACACGUGGGAAGCGGAUACAGAGGAGGUUACCUACAGAGACAUUGUUGAAGGUCACGGCGAGACCAAGGCUGGUUAUGACAAGAUCCGAUUUUGUGGGGAGCGUGCAAAAUGCGACAACCUAGAAUACUUUUGGGUCGAUACUUGUUGCAUAGAUAAGUCGAACAGUACAGAGCUUGCAGAGGCCAUCAAUUCUAUGUUUCGAUGGUACGGCAAUGCGGCCAAAUGCUAUGCCUAUCUCUCAGAUGUCUCGAGACCUGCCUUAGACAUCGUCAACACGUCCGAACAACUUCUUUGGGAGUCGCAAUUCCGCAGGAGCAAAUGGUUUACUCGAGGUUGGACCCUUCAAGAACUUGUUGCUCCAGGGACGGUCGAGUUCUUUUCUAAGGAGCGCUGUCUCCUUGGUGACAAAAGAUCGCUUGAGCAAAUCAUUUAUCAAACAACCCGCAUUGCCCUCGAAGCUCUUCGAGGAGAUCGUCCGUUGCACGACUUUAGUACCGAGGAGCGUAUGUCAUGGGCGAAACAUCGCAACACGACACGGCCAGAAGACGCAGCCUACUGUCUUCUGGGCAUCUUUGGUGUUCACAUGCCUCUCAUCUAUGGUGAAGGUCGAGAGGGAGCGCUACGUCGCCUGCGGAAAGAGUUCGACGAGUCACUGCAGGCCCCAUCAGUCUUGUGCAAAGACGUUGCAUCGGACCCUCUUGCAAGGAGCGAGGAUGAAAGAUUCAGACACUUCACGUCGUCUUUCAACGAUGCACCUGUUGAUCUGCUCUCCAUUCAUUUCAUGGACCGUCAGCAAGAGCUGACUCGAGUCCGAGAUGCUCAUCAAGUUCCCGAAGAGAAUUCACCCGCUCGUUGUGCUAUUUGGGGCAUUCCGGGUGUUGAAAGGUUGCAUCAAGGCUUCUCGAGGAUGCUAGUCCUUAUCGACCAUCCCGAUCAAUUCAAACCGGAGCAAAAUGCGCGAAUUAUUGCGGCUCGUCGUUGGCUGGAACACCCUGAGGUCAGUGGAAUACACCGUUGGCUGCUCGUCCUCGAUAACGUUGACAUGACAACAAUCGAUUUUCUUCGCGAAAACUUGCCACGACAAGGCAGACGAGGUCGCCUUCUUAUCACUACGCGGACUGAAGCCGUCGCUCAGGCUUUGUGCAGAGCUUCUGGAAGGUUGCAUCCACACUUCGAGAUCAAACCGCCAACGGUGGAGGAUUCUACGACCUUUUUUUUCAAAUCAGUUGGGGUUACCGCCAAUUCAAUGUCGAGCGUUGAACGACGUCAAGUCGCUGGCCUGAUGAAAUCUCUGGGAUGUUUACCUUUAGCUGUAGAGCACGUUGCAUCUUUCAUGAGUCAAUCAUCUCAAACUAUCGAUGGUUUCACAAGAUUGUAUCAAGGCAAGCAGAAAUCCGAUUUUUUCGACUGGCAAAACUUGUUCUCAGCCUACGAAGUAAAGUCGAUCUCGGGCAUUUUUGAGUCCCAUCUCCUGUUCUGGGAUCCUGAAAGGAUCGACUUUGAAACAAUCACAGCGGGCGCUUCCUUCUUGCUUCCUUCAUCGGAACCGACCCAGGAACCUUCGAAAUUGGAACGAAGCCGGCAUUGGACACAAUGGUUUAUUCCGAGCCUGAUCAAAGCGCAUUGUUUUGGUUUCGCUUCCAACAGUCAGAGCUCCGAAAGGGCUCCAAACCUAGAUCCCGAAAAAGACACGCUACUAUCUUCCGAGCUCGACUCAAUAAUCAAUAUGAUGUCCUCUGAAGUACGGCUCCAAAGCGCGCUGCAUCACCUUCAGAUGCUCUCUCUUAUCAAACGCAGGUCGGCUGAAGAAGGGGGAGCAUAUAGCAUACAUGAUCUCACCCAGACUUUGAUUCAAGUGCUUCUUGAAUCGGAAGGUAAAUAUCUACAAUGGUUCAAAUGCGCAGUCAGAAUGGCCUGCGGCGCAUUUGGUGAGAUUGGAAAUCCUGAUAUGCCUGAAUGCUGGCAUAAAUGUGACGGCUUGAUCUCCCAUAUCCUCUCGCUGACAAGGUACGGCGAAUUGGUAUGUCCUAACAACGCCGAACUACUAACAGCUCGUGGCCACGCAGCUGCGUACUGGUGCAAGCGUGGCAGAUAUCACGAGGCUCGUGAGAUGUAUCAGCAAAUCCUGCGCAUCGGCUGUAUUGAUGAUACCCAAGCAAUUCAGUGGAAACUCGGUCUCGCGGAAGUCAAUUGGCACCUGAGCAAUCACAGUGAGUCUGCAUUGCUGUAUGAGCAAGUACGGCGGAUUCGAGAACCGCAAUUUGGUGCUGAUCACCCUGAUGUUCUGCAUGUCGUCGAAAAAUUGGCACUCGUGUACCGGUCGCAAGCCCGGUAUGAAGAAGCUCGCUCAAUGCUAGAACAUGUCCUUGAGAGCCGCAGAAAGAGGCUUGGACAAGACGACCUCGUCACUGUUCAGGCUGUUGAGAAUCUUGCUCUAACUAUCAACGAAUACGGAGAAGCCGAAAAUGACGAGGCCCUAUACCUUGAGGCCGAAAGUCUGCAUAAACUAGCAUUGACUCAUCGAGAAGCACAAUUAGGGGCAGACCAUCUUGACAGUUUGUGGACGGCUGAUAGUCUUGGAACUAAUUAUCGAGCUCAAAGCCGACACCAGGAAGCACUGGAGAUCUACGAAAGAGUUCUCAAGGGACGCACAUCACAACUAGGAGAGGAUCACCCGCAGACGUUGUGGACAGUCGCCAACCUUGCAUCUGCAUAUACUGGUUUAGGCCGCUUGCAGGAAGCCGAGGCCAUGUACACGCGGGCAGCCGUUGCCAACGGGAAACAGUUGGGUCAUGACCACACGCAAACUCUCUGGGUAGUCGAAGGGCUGGCGGAUGUCUAUCAUCAGCAAUCACGGUUCGAAGAAGCAGCAACCUUGUACGACAGAGCGUUACGCGGCAUGCAAGGUCGCCUAGGAGUUGAGCACCCAAGUGUGAUGCGGAUAAUGCACAAGUUGGCGAACCUCUACCGAGACAGCAAUGAUGUUACAAAGUCGAUUAAUAUGUUUGAGAGACUUCUAGAGCUUCGUGGAUCGGGGCAAAGAUCUGGCAAUGCAGAGAUGCUUCGAACGUAUCACGACGCAGCUGCCACAUAUGUCCGUAUGGGCAAGUACAGUCAGGCCGAGCAGUGUUAUAGACAAGAGUUGGCCAAAAGUGUUGAAGAAUGGGGCAAUCUGCACGUGGAAACCAAGAAACGGGAGCGGAAUCUGGCCGACUUCUUGAACGAUCGAGAAUCGCAGGGCAAAGCAGCCAAUGAUGGCAUGUAG